AUGACAAAUAAAAAAAUCAGAAUUUCAAGAAAUAUGAAAAUCAUUUCAUUUAAGCAUUUAAUAUAUUUAUUUUUUACUUUUGUAAGCGUCUUUUCGUAAACGCAGAAUGUUGGGGCUUUAAAUUUUGGUCCAAUGAUGCAGUGUACGAUUGGAAAAACUUUGCUACUAAGUGAUAUUAUUAACUAAAGAGCUUAAUAUUAGAAUUCAGAGUAGAUUCCAGAUUUUAAUGGUUAUGAAUUAGACAUUUUGAUUCGCACAGUUAUUAAUAAUGGCCUAUCAUUUUCUAGCAUUCAGCUUACUUGCUAUGAAACUUAAAAUGAUUUAGAGAAUGCACUUAGUUAAGGCAAUAUUAUCUAUGGUAUAGGUGGGAUACAGAUAGAUUAUACUAAAUUAUCGUAGGGUUUUUUUUAUUCUCUUCCACUCUAUACUGGAGGUUUAAAAAUAGCAGUGAGAGUGAAUAAUGAUAAAACAAUAUGGAGUUUUUUUGAUCCUUUUCAUUGGAGUUUAUGGGUAGUUAUGCUGGUAACUACCUUGUUUGUUUCUGUUGUUACGUGGAUUUUUGAAGACUCCAAUAUUUAAUCAUAUUGGUGUAAAAGUAAUAAAGAGAAUAGUUAAAAAACUAACUCAAAUAAUGAGAGUUAAAAUUAAAAGGCUUAACAAAUUAAUAAUGUUUAUGAAGAAAGUAGAUAAGAAGAAUCUAACAAUUCUAAAAAUUCAUUAAUAAAAUCCCAUUAAAACAUGCAAGCUUUCUCAAAUUUUUUAGAAAUGCUAUGGUAAUCUUUUAGCAGUCUCUUUUUUGCUUCAAGUAUAAGACUUUAGAAAUUUUCAUCUCGAAUUGUUUUUCUUGGUUUCUGGUUUGUGGUUAUAAUUGUGUCUGCUACUUAUGUUUCUAAUCUAACAGUUCUACUUGCUUAGAGUAAAAAUAUUUCUUAAAUAUCUAGUUUCUAAGAUAUUAUCAACUCGGCUGAUGUCAAAAUUUAUACAUUUUAAGAGUAUGUAGGUACUUACAUUAAUCCCUCUAUUUUUAAAGGUAAAUAAUAAGAUAUAUUUGUUACUUUUCCAAAGACUAAAGAUGGUUUAAAUUAAUUGGUUAAGGAGUUCUAUUAAAGUUCAAAUUCAUAAAAUUAUUUAAACCAUAUUUUAUUGAUUGAUUUUCCUAUUGUGCAUAAUAUUAAUUCGCUUUAUCCUUGUACAACAUCAAUCUUGUAUGAAACUUUGAGCAAUUUUAAUUAUGGCGUCAUUACAAAAAAUUAGGCAGUUUUAAAGUCGCUUAAUUCUCUUCUAUAUAAUUUUAUUGAUGAUCCUUAUUGGCUAAAUUAAAUUUAAGUAUAUUUGAACUCGACUCCAAUCGAAAACUCAUGCUACAUUAAGCAGAAAUCUAUAGACUUACGUAGUUUAUCUGGUUUAUGGAUAUUUAUAGGAGUGGCGAUUGUAAUUGCAAUUAUUAUAAAUAGGAUAGAAGCUCUGAAACUUAAAUAUGCCUUAAAAAGCUAAUAAAAAUUAAAAGAUUAAGAAAAUAAUAAUUAAAAGAACCAAAUUGAAAAAGAAGUAAAGUAACCAAAAUAAAUAGAACUUUAGAAUCUAAAUAAUUAAAAGGAGUUAGAAGAGAUUUAAAGUCCUAUUAAGAAAGUUGAAGAAGGAAGUUAAGUACAUGAUAUUAGAAAUACUUAAAAAUCAAAAUUGAAUUAAAAUAGCAUAGAUGAUCAAAAUAUUUAAGCAAAUAAUAAUGGACCAAGCAAGUUUGAUAAAUAUGCUAGCUAUUAAAAAAGAGAUUAGAGUCUCUUUCUUAGUAACAAUGAUAUUUAAGCAGAUUAAAACAAUCAAAUUUGGAGUGAUUUCUUAAUGGUCUCAGACUAUAUCCAUAUACCUUCGAAAGAUAUACAUUUGCAAGCAGAAGAGGAUAUUAAAAAUCAAGUUAAUUUAGUUGAAUAAAUAAUUAAAAAAAGAUUUAACAAUGUUGAAGAAAACAUUAUCCGCAUCAUGAAAAAGUGUCCAAUAAAAAUUGGAAAUAAGUACAAUUAAGAUCUUGAAAAAAUUGAGGAAAAAUUAACAAUAAAAAAAUUUAAAACAAAUAUAGACUGA